CAACUCGCUGGUACUCGCGGUUGGUUCAAUUCGUGAGCGGUUUCUCUUCCCGAAGAUGCCGGAUCCAGCGAAGUCUGCUCCUGCUCCCAAGAAGGGCUCCAAGAAGGCUGUGACCAAGGUGCAGAAGAAGGAUGGGAAGAAGCGCAAGCGCAGCCGCAAGGAGAGCUACUCCGUGUACGUGUACAAGGUGCUGAAGCAAGUUCAUCCGGACACCGGCAUCUCGUCCAAGGCCAUGGGCAUCAUGAAUUCCUUCGUCAACGACAUCUUCGAGCGCAUCGCCGGCGAGGCGUCGCGCCUGGCGCAUUACAACAAGCGCUCGACCAUCACGUCCCGCGAGAUCCAGACGGCCGUGCGCCUGCUGCUGCCCGGCGAGCUGGCCAAGCACGCGGUGUCUGAAGGCACCAAGGCCGUCACCAAGUACACCAGCUCCAAGCUUUAUUCUGCCCUUCCAGAAGAAGUGGGCCUCAAAGUCACAGCCAGACUCCAGAAGAUUGCUGUUUCCCUGGGGAUCAUGUCAGUGCUUCCUCAAAACUAAAUUAUCUUAUCGGAGAAUACAUUUGGGAAAUGUAUUUCUCCAGAAUGUGUAAGCCAAUUCUUUCUAGUGGUUCUUAGAGACUUUAUACCUCCAUUAACUCACGUAACAUGUUUGGGAAUCUCUCCCUUUAGCCUAUGCUCCCUCUCCACAAUUUACUUCCUGUCCUCUCUAAGGGUUAAGGAGUAGUAAGUGCUUAGUGUGAUAUGUAGAUGAAAGGGGAAGGCAUGAAGAUGAGCUGCUUACUUAUGCUUUGGGGGUUUUGACCCCAUAUUUAAAAACAAAGCAAGGAGUGAGGAAUAAAGGAAGCGCAGCAAACACUUUAUUGGCUCCCAUUUUACUGCUAAUGUGCAUUAACAAAGUCUGUACCUAAAAGCCCAGAUUUUCAACUUCCAGCAUUUUAUUUUAUUUUUUUAACAUCUUGCCAAAGCUUAAUAUACAGUUCUCUUAGGGUCUUCUCUUAGGAAUCCCACUUUGGAGAUUCCUCCUGGGGCUAAGAACCUAAUGGACUCUUGUAGAAGCACCGGUGGUCAUAGAAUGAGUUUUAGGGCUCUCCCUAGGGGGCCUGGAACAUGAGGAACAACUCCUCCUCCCACCCCUUACCCUCCCCUGACCCGCCCUCCUCCUAACCAGUUGCCUGUUCUCCAUAACGGUCUACUCUGGAGUGUGGAACUUAGGCCUGGGCGCCCUGGGGAGUGGACCCAAGAGCCUCUCAAAUGAAGCCGUGGUAGGUCCAACAGACCCUGGCAAGCCCUGGCAAGCCCUGCUAAAUCUGACAGCUCAGAAAGAACUCACCUCCUUCCCCCACACCCAAACCCACCCUCCUCCCUCCUGGUUGCAUCAGUCAGUCCCCUCCAGGGUCCUGUUCUCAGUCCUGGGACCUCCUGUCGUCGGGAAAAAAUGGGCCUUGGGCCCCUGAGCGUGCAGGCCCGGGGUUCCGCGAUGCAUUUCGGAGCAGACCUUGCAGAGCCUGGAGGCUCCCUGCACGGGGGCCUGCUGCUUCCGGCAGCCGCGUCCCUUCCCGGCUCCGAGGGCGGAAGACAGCAGGAAGGCGAUAGAACAGACCAUGAAACCAGACAGAAGUUGGUGACUGGAGGCCUGUCAAAGAAAAUGACAAAGAAGAAAUGCCAUUCAGAAACCAGAGGGAUCUGACUGAGUUAUGUGGAAGACAAGGCUGGCUGAGACCUGCUAUGCCUGUCCCCAGUGGAGACACUGAUCAUUUCAGGGGCAGGAAGGAGCUGGAGGUGGCUCUAGCUGGGCUACAUGGCUUACGGACAAGGGGCAGGCUCCUCAUAGGACCUGAACUGCCAGGGCCCUGUCAGUGGACAGAGACAACUGCUCUUUCUAUAUAAUGCUUGAAAUGAAUUUGGAUUGAAGAUAAACAUUUUCCCC